ACACUGAAGAACCCGGAAAAUUCAAAGAGAGAUAUUAAAAUCCUUUAUCGCGUUAUCAAAGGAAGAGAUCAGAGGGAACCUCGGCGUAGAAUGACAGGGAAUCUGCUGUAUGUUAUUGUGAUGCUGGGUGCAAGCCAGUGGAUUGUUCGAGGGAUUCCGAACAGACAGGAGAUCUCUGUGAGCCAGCGAGGGGCCCUGUCAUAUGUCGUGGGUCAAGGUUGUCCUUAUCUAGUACAUUAUGUCCGCGAUAACUAUUUCACGUACCGGAGUUACCGUUCGGUCGCCGGCUCUACUACCCCGGCGUCGACGGUGAACUGGGUAACGUAUGUGUACGACCGAGGGGUGGAGAAUUACGUGCCCAUGGAGCUCAUCCGUGGCGCCAUUCACUGCGGUAUGAACUACGCUCUGUACGCUGUCAGCGCACCUCCCGACAUUUUACAACAACUUCACGCAGACUUCUCGGGAAUUCCGGGAGUUCUCGGUUAACAGCUAGAGAACACAUAUAUGCAUGAGGUCUAAAUGACAACAAAACAAUUGUUAAUUUCAAUAAAAACAUUUUAUUUUUA